AUGGAUGAUAAUCCUGAUCCUACUCGCGAAGACAAUUCGUCUAUUGCGGCUUCUCCGCUACUGGAUUCCAGUGCUUCUGAUGUGCAUCUGAAGCCUACUGAAGCUAUGACUACUGGCGACGGUGCCACUGCUCACGCUGGCCCCGCCAUCCCGGACCAAGAGCAUGCUGAAGCAAUCAAAGAAGCAUCUUCUACUCCGCAGUCAAUUUCCAAGAAGCAGCGUCCGUCGUCUGCUAAUGUUGCUCGUGUUCAUUUCCUGGACCCGGCUGAGCUCGAGAAGCUUGAGGUCGCAUACAAGAGCGAGCAUAAUGUUGAGGAGCUUAACAAGCAUGCUUCGCAGGGUCAAGCUGAAGCUGAGCAUGGAGGCACUUUGCCGAAAUCACCUAAGUUUGCUAUCGUUACAAAAGAGCCGGAGAAAACUGCAAAGACCUCGGGUGUGGACGAUGGUGCAGUCUCGGAGAAAGAUCCCAAAGUGGGAUUCAAGCAUGAUCCAGAUGAGGAAAGGAUUCUUGCAAACAUGGAGCUUGACGCUAAUGCUUCUUCGAAGUCGAAGAAGAAAAAGAGGAAGAAUAGAAGGCGCCCCAAGAGUCAGAGGGGAGAGAAUGCACCCUCGGGAUUCGAACCCUUCUAUGCCGAUGCACCAAUUACUCCAGCGGAGUUUGAAGAGAAUAAGAAGAUCUAUGAUCCUGCUUUGCCGAUCCUCGAUCGAAUUGAUGAGGGCAUCAAGCGCUUCUUGUACAAGCGACGCCUAGAGCCCUACAGACGCAAGGUUUUUCUCAAGUACCUACAGUACGGCGGUGUCAGCGUGGGCCCCAAGUAUUUGCAGGGAGUGACUCCUUCGGAGUUGAAGGAGAUGACCAAAGAAGAGGCAAUGGACGCUCGCUGCACCACGGCCAUCUUUCCGAAGAGGGAUAAGCCAUAUCCAAUCACCUUCAACGAUGUUGCCACUGGCUAUCUGACUGGGUACUUCAUGGGUUAUUACAACCCCGAGACUGAGGAGGAUAUCAAAGUUUGCACUGAUACAAUGAAGAAUUUUUUCUCUUACCUCCUCUACCACGAUGUUUGUCCCGAGCAGACGGAGGAUCUCGAGAAAGCUCGCAUUUCCUGUGAUCGAUCUGCCAAAGAGUUGUGGAUGAAUCGGCAACUUCUCCGGCAUCCGGGUCCUGGCGCCUUUAACCGUGCCUGCUCCAUGCUAUUUGGUGGCUACUACUUCAACGAUGUGGAUGACCCCGAGGCUUGGACACAUGUUCGACAUGCUGACCCAAAUAUCUUCACCACUGAUAUGGCUCGGAAGGCCGUCAAAUAUGGCAUAGCAAUUGUCGGAAAUGAUCGGACUGCUCGCAAAUUCCAGGUUCUCGCCAACAUGAAGCUGAUCGAAGCCAAAAUGGUUCAAGACAUCGAUGGCUUUGAGAUUAUCUCUUUGGAGGAACCUACCGAUGAAACCAUCGCGCUCUACGGGGAAAUGGCCCCCGAUCUCCUCCCACUGGGAAGGGUUCGAGCCAAGGAAUUCCGUGAUCCCGCUAGAGGCCCCUUCGACCUCGCUCCCUGGGAAAAGAUCGACUGGGAUGCUGGUUUUGCCCCAACCUACGAUUUCGAAUUUUUCCUCGAGGGGGAUAUGUUUCCCCAUCUCUUGCCUGGCAUGAAGGUUAUCGCGAAUGUCUAUGAAACCAACUUCGGACAGUACUUCUUCGAUGAAAUCCUGGACGUUCUGCCAAGCAACUACAAGUUCAUGUACAACGACUGGAUGAUGGAUUACGUGGAGCCCGCUCCUAUCAAGUUCAUUCCCGAUGAAGAAGAAGUCGCACGCCGCCGCGCAAAGGAGUCUAUCAUUGAGCCACCUGAGCCCACCCCGGCUGAGUGGGCUUUGCACAUGGUGACACAUGAGUUGAGCUUUGACCGGCCGUUGGGUGAGGAUCCCAUGAUUGUCGUUUGGCAAAUUAUCCACGCGCUUGAGAACUUCGGCUGGGACUUGGAGGAAGUUAAAGACUUGAUGGGUUUGGUGGACCCGCACCCUGAGGAAGGCAAGAAAAGCAUGCGCCAGGGAGAGCCGCGCCCCGUCCGCCUUAGCAAUGAGCCACCACACAACGUUCCGUUCGGUGAGACCCCUAAGGAGCGCCUUGAUCGAACCAUCGGAUAUUUCGUCAAUCCGGAGAGGAUCAAGCCUGUUAUCGCACCGGAGGUCAUCGCCAAGACGCUCCAGCAGAAAAAGGAGCAGCUGGAAAAGCAACAGGCCAAGAAAGCGGCCGAGGCUUUGAACAAGCAGAAGGCUGCGAAGAAGAAGGGACUUGAGGAACAGCCCUGUGGUGGACCAACCGACAGGCAGGCAACCCAGAUUUCGGAUGAGCAGAAGAUUGCGAAGAAGCAGGAACCUAAGGGACAGCCCAGGGGUGGACGAACCCGCAGCCAGGGAACCCAGACUUCGGAUGAGCAGGAAACUGUGAAGGACCAGGACCCCGAGGGCCAGCCCAGCCGGGAACUAACCGAGACUUCGAAGGAGACUAUUGUUAUUGAGAAGAACGAGGAAACUAAGGGUUAA